AUGUUAACCCAAACGUUCCUCUACUGCUCUCUCUUAGCUAUUAUCACCUUCUUUGUCUCCUCUUCUUCAGCUCGCUCACAAAAACUAACCCUCCAGCUGAUCCACCGUGACUCUCCCCAUUCUCCCCACUACAACCCUCUCCACACCGUGUCUGACCGUCUCAAGGCCGCUUUCCACCGUUCAAUCUCCCGUUCUCGCCGUUUCUCAACCAAAACCGAUCUCCAAUCCGGUUUAAUCGCUAGCGGCGGUGAAUAUUUCAUGAACAUCUCAAUCGGUACUCCACCUUCGAAAGUCCUAGCCAUCGCUGACACUGGAAGUGACCUAUCUUGGGUCCAAUGCAAACCAUGUGAGCUUUGUUACAAACAAACCAGUCCAAUCUUCGACAAAACGCACUCUUCCUCCUAUAAAGCUGAACCGUGCGACUCCAACUCCUGCAACGCUUUGUCCAAAACAGACCAAGGAUGCGACCAAUCACGAAACAUCUGCAAGUACCGUUACACUUACGGAGACCAAUCGUUUACUCAAGGAGACGUUGCAACCGAAACAAUUCAUAUCGAUUCUUCCUCCGGCUCCCCUCUUUCUUUCCCCGGUACAGUCUUCGGUUGCGGUUACAACAAUGGCGGCACGUUCGAUGAAACCGGGUCAGGAAUCAUUGGUCUUGGAGGUGGACCAUUAUCUUUAAUCUCCCAGUUAGGCUCUUCAAUAGGGAAAAAAUUCUCGUAUUGCUUGUCACACACGUCAUCCCCAACAAGCGUCAUAAACCUAGGAGCCAACUCGAUACCUUCCAAUUUAAGCAAGGGUUCUCCUGUGCUCACUACACCUUUAAUCCCUAAAACUCCAAAUACUUACUACUACUUGAAUCUGGAAGCAAUCACCGUCGGAAAGACCAAGAUUCCGUACACCGGAGGCGGAGGAGGAGGAGGAUACAGUUUAAACGAGAACACCACCGGGAACAUCAUAAUCGACUCCGGAACUACCUUUACGCUUCUAGAAUCUGGAUUCUACGAUGAUUUUGGUUCGGCGGUGGAGGCAUCGGUGACCGAAGCUAAGCGUGCGAGUGAUCCACAGGGGUUUCUAAAGCACUGUUUCAAAGCCGGAGAUAAAAAGAUAGGUUUGCCGGACAUAACAAUGCAUUUCACGGGGGCUAACGUGAAACUGAGUACGCCAAACGCAUUCGUGAAAAUAAACGAAGAGAUUGUGUGCUUGAGUAUGAUUCCGACAACUGAUGUUGCUGUCUACGGUAAUUUGGUUCAGACUGAUUUUCUCGUCGGGUAUGACUUGGAGGCUAAGACGUAG